GUGUGGGCAGCAGGGAUGCAUUUAAAAUGCCCCCAUUUUUUGACUUAAACCAAUCCGCGUAGAAAGCCGUUCCCCGCAAACUCUUGAAUCCGCGGCAGCGUGGAUCUGACAGUGCACUGUCACACGUCCCUCAGCGAAUGUCUCGAUCAAAUUGCAAUCGAUCACCGGGCUUAUUUUAUUACUAAAGCCACCCCCACUUAAUUCUACACGGGAGAUUUUUUUUUAUUUUUUUUUUUUCCCUCAGUGUGCGCGAGCCAAAUUCUCAACCAAGAGACAGCACGUGCUUCUCACAAUACCCGCGCUUUUAGUUUACAUUUCGCAUCCCCUUCAUGUGCGCACCGGUUCUAAACGCAUUGUUCUUGAUAAGCGCGCAUUGGUGAGCGCGAGACACUGACCGCAAGGACAGAAGGUGCUUAAGACUCCGUUCGGGACUCACACGCACACACACACACACGAUGAGCGCGCGCGGUGAGGAAGCCGCCGGCGAAGCUUCAGGAUCGCAGGAGCAAACCGAGCCCGAGCCUGCCCCUGCCGAGCCAAAGAAGAGGGGACCGGGCAGACCCAGGAAGCCGCAACAGGAACCCACAGGAGAGCCUGUCCCCAAACGACCGAGGGGACGCCCCAAAGGAAGCAAGAACAAGGGCCCCUCCAAAGCAGCGCAGAAGAAAGCUGAGACCACAGGGGAGAAAAGACCUAGAGGAAGACCCAGGAAAUGGCCACAGCAAGUGGUCCAGGAAAAGCCCGCUCAGGAAGAAGAAGAGGAGGAGGCGGAGCAAGAAGAGGACUAAGCAACCACAGGAUUUUACCUCUACCUCAUCCAGCUGUCAGCUCUCUCCAAGGGAAAAGACUGCCUUGACCACUUAUUAUUGACUUCCCACUUUCGUUUUGAUCAUUUUCGUUUGUUUAUUUUUUUUUUUUUUUUUUCCUCAUUGGUUUAUUUGGGUUUGGUUUCGUUUUGUGAUCAACACACACAACACCUCAGAGCGUAACCCGAAAAAAAAGACGCAAAUGCAAACAAACAUCUUGCAGAUGACAAUUGGAGCCGCCUUGCUGUUUCCACUUCCCACAAAACUGCUGUAAGCACAAAGGUGCAGGGGUUAAACACACAAUAUGUGCUGCAGUGGUUCUUUGCGCCACACACACACGCACACACACACACACACACACACACAUACACACACACUCUCUUGUUGACUGAUUUUCCAGGCUACAUUGGUAAAGAAGAAGGUGAAACUGUCUGGUUUUGUCAUUCAGCAUGUGGUGCUUCUUAUAUCUGGGUGGAGCUUUAAAUAGACACACCCCUUCACACAAGAACCUCCCCCCUCUACAGUACCGAACCACCAAAGACCAUUAACCUUCUCUGUCCACUUCAUUUGGAUGUUUUGACCAAAAUGACAGUGAGCAAACACAGCCUAUUAGUUACUACAAUUGAAAUUUUUCCAAGUGGAUUCCUUAAAAUGAAUAUUCUGUCAUUAUUUGCCCAGCCAAAACCCCUUUGAAGUUGUUUCUUCUGUAGAACACGAAAAAGACAUUUCGAAGAAUCUCGUGAGCUGGUCUUUUUGGCCAAGGUUGACCACGGUUGUUGAGGAUUAUUUCCGCUUAAAUUUAUUUGCUGUCAUGUGGUUCACGUCGCACCUAAAAUGCGUGGAAAAUUAUAGGCGUGCCGCUUUCUGCUUUUUUCCAAAGCGUUUGGGCACUUGCUCUCAGAAGGCAUCUGCCGUUGCUAAGCAACCAAGACCUGCGCUCUCCAUGAAAAAGCUUCGGCAAAGAAUAAAUGGAUUUCCAGCAAUAAAAAUCGCUUUCAGUAGCUUUGCUACUAUUUUUAUUUAAAAAUGGCUAUCUUGCACAGCUGUUUCCUGAUCUUGGCUGAGCUUUCAUUGUUUUUACGGGAAAGGAUGAAGCUGAUUGGUUGGCUCUUGUCACAUGACCCGCGGCAUGCUCGCUGCAUUCUGAACAGUUUAAAGGUUUUUUCUCGAUGUGGCAUCUGGAAAAAAUGAGCGAGUUGCACCAUGUGCACAUUGUUUGAAACAUCUGAGAUUUUACUUUUUACAUUUGAAAUAAUGAACUUGAGCACGCAAAAAAAACGCAAAAUGUGGAGGGCCCCUUAUAGUGCUCUUUGGCUCUUGCUCACCAUUCACUUACAAAAUGAGUAGAGGAGCAACUUGAACAUUCUUCCAAACAUCUGUUUUUAUGUUUUACAGAAGAAAGUAAGUUUAAAACAUGCAAAUAACGACAGAAUGUUUAUUUUCUGGUAAAUUAUCCCCUUUACUAUCAUAUCCAUGUCCAUUGUGUCCUUGGUGGUGAUUUUCUCCCAAACUGAUAACCGUGAACAUUGAGUGUCUCAUCGGGGACACUGUUUUCAGCAUUACUGCAGAACGUUAGUUCUACUGUACAUAUCUUCGCGACUUCGGCUUUGCUUAAUUAACAUACUUGUACAUAAUUGUGUUUUUAUUUUCUUGUGCGACAUAGCUUUAAGAACAUAAUUUUUUUUGACAAAUUCAGUGAAAGGGAAAUCUAUCAACUCAGUCUAGACCUAAACCUCAAGAAACACCCAAACCACAGGAACAAAACCACACUAUACCUCAUUACACACAGAAAUACCUGAAUCGCAGCGACGGCGUCAAACGGUAUUCGGCGAAUCCAAAUGUACGCCAGCGCUGUGUCACCAAUGCAAUAUCUUCUCACAGUUUCAAAGCUACCUCUGAUUUCUUCAACCAGCAAACCAGCUCGAAACGACACGCGCUGCUAUAGAGUUCUCAUUACAAAGCAGGGGAUGGCAGCGGGUGCCAACGCUGAAAACAAACCUUGUCGUAAGGGCAGGCAAACGCUCUGCAAAAUGUUUUUUGUGAGAGUCGGGCAGGUGAUAACUGAAUUCUGAGGUCUGUUUGUAGUCAUAUAUAGAACUAAUCAUGCAGCUAAGGGAAAAAAAAAAGUACUGUGUUUGUUCUAGUUAAUUCUCUUUUUUUCACAUUAGCAUAUAUCUGACAUUUGUAACUAGACACUCUGUCUCUGCAGCUGGGAUGUCUGUUUUACAUUUUUAACUUGAAUAUAUAUUUUGUACUGAUUACUCAAUGGUUUCUAAGGAUCAAGUGCUUGUAUGACACUAAAUGAUAUUGUUGCGAAUGGAUUUUUCUUUUCCUUCUGUUUUUUCCUCUCCACUAUUGCUCUGAAUUUAUAGUUUUAGGUCCUAUUUACUAUUCAGAUAUGUACCUCAAAAAAAAAAAAGGAUAAAAAUGGACUAAUAAUCAGCUGACAAAUACCUACCUCCAGUCUUGAAAACGGAACGAUUUUUUAUUUUUGAAAUUUUUUGCCUAGUUCUUUUUCGGUACAGAUGUACCGGAAAAAAAUUAAGGACUGCACAAGAUCCUGUUUUGCAAAGUUUUAAAUUAGAAUUUUGCUUCAUUUUAAUUCAGCUGGGGGAGAAGACGGCUACGGAAACAACUACACACACAGAUACAACAUCGUAUAAAAAACAAAAGAAACUUGAAACUUCUUUCAGGUUUGAAAAAAUAUGUUCGGGUUUUGUAUAUUGCAUAUAUGGAUAUGUUUUUGAAAAUUAGUAGAUAUUGAGAUAUACUUGAUUAGCUUUUUUUUUGUGUACUUUACACAAAUGUGAUUUUCCUUUUUUUUCUUCUUUUUUUUUCAGAUGUAUAUGUAAUGCUUAUGUAGUGAAAGAAUACACAUUUUCAGCCUGUCACCAUGAAAACCUUAAGAAAAGUUAGCAUGGUAAUCUCAACUGGGCCUGAGGUAGAGCCUCAGAGGAAGCUAAUGGAACUGUUGGCAUGCCCCUUGAACUUACGAUGGCAUGUAAUGACCGUCUUUAUAUGCGGCAGCUCGGCUUUUGCCACAAACCAACAUUGAACGUUGCUCAAACACUGUAAUGCUACUACCUAAAUGGUUACAGUUCUUGUAAAAGUGUCAGUUUUCGAAUCGGACCGCUUCUUUACUCUCCUACGAGUUCAACAGAUGAAACAGUUGCUUGCUUAAGUGGAUGGAUGGCGCGUUUGAGCUCGACCUCAGCGACCUUACCGCUUUUUGAGAGAUCUGCGUAUAAUGGCCGCUGAGGCGUACCGCUUUCAGCCCUCCUGAAACUUGGCAUUGUGUUCAUAUGCUUCUUAUGUUGGUUUGAAUGUGUAUCCACAGGAGCCACUGUUCAUGUGCUUUCAGCUCUGGGUGUCUUAAUGAAGAUGAAGUUGUAUUUUCAUGACAACAUGUUCUAGUACAAUCGAAUACACUUUUCUACCUCCAAGAGGGCCUCCUGUUACCUCAUUUUUCAAACUUACUAUCUGCUUAAAUUCAGGUGCCUGAGUCCAGAGAGAACGGCGUAAAGUUUAAAAUUUAUAUAUAUAUAUAAAUAAAUAUAUAUUCAUAGUUUAUUUUUGUGUGCUUCGGGGGAUUUUUUUUAUAAGACUGUACCUCUCUGCCUCUCAGUCACAAGUUAGGUAAGACUGGACAAUUUGACUCGUUUUUUUUUUUUUUUUUAAACGCUGUCUUACAUUUAUGCAAUGUUUUGUAGUUUCUGCAGCUGUGGAGAUGGAAAAGUAUCACUAGGUGGUUACUCUCAGCUUUCUUCACUUGAUAUAACUUGUUUUCUAACAAUUAUGGCUGUUUCACUUAGUAUUGCUGUUUGUGAUUUCACUUAAAAUUGCUUGCUUGUUUAAAAAAAAAAAAAAAAAAAAAAAAAAAAAAAAAGGAAAAA